AUGGCACAUGGCGUUAGUGAUGAAUAUAAAAAAGAGCAUUUUGAUUCAAAAAUCAAACUUGAAAAAAAAUUAGAUCAACUAGCUGAAUGGAUUCGUUCCGCCAAACAUUUUAUUGUGUUUACAGGAGCCGGCGUUAGUACAUCAACAGGAAUACCCGAUUUCCGGUCGGGUAUGGACACGGUUCUGUCGACUGGUCCCGGAGCAUGGGAACUCAGGGACAAUCGAGCAAAAACUCCAAAAAACGCGAAGGUAUUGAAUGACAUGCAUAAAGCUAUUCCGAGUGUAACACAUAUGGCGUUAGUGGAACUACAACGAAGGAAUAUUAUAAAAUGUGUCAUAAGUCAAAAUUGUGAUGGACUACAUCUAAGAUCUGGACUGAAUCCAGAUUGCUUAGCUGAGCUGCAUGGUAACAUGAAUCUUGAGAUAUGUUCAAAGUGUGGAGCAAAUUAUUUAAGAGACUAUGAUGCCGCCACGGGGGGUCUUGAUCAUUUAACGGGACGAAAAUGCGAUAAACCUGAAUGUCGUGGUUUAUUGAAAGAUUCAACUAUCAAUUUUGGGGAAAACUUGCCAAGAAGCGAGAAAAGCAAGGCAUUUCGUCACGCCAAUCAAGCAGAUGUAUGCCUCGCAUUAGGCUCAAGUUUGAGCGUCACACCUGCCGCUGAUGUACCUGAAAGAGUAGCAGAACGAAACCAAAAACUUAUUAUUGGUAAUCUCCAGCGUACAUGUCUUCAUAAAAUGUCAUCGUUGAAUAUUUAUGCAUUUACGGAUACCAUAAUGGAAGGUGUUAUGAAGCGUCUUAAUAUAACAAUACCACCUUGGAUCUUACGUCGGUGUGUUCGUUUUCAAAUUAAACAUGAAAAGCUAAACAAUUGUUAUCAGAUAUUGAUUGAAGGACGUGAUUCCGAUAAAGAUUUACCGUUUUCAAUGUUCAAAUCAAUUAUUGUUAAAACACCAAAAUCAGAAUAUUUACUCAAAAAGGAACCGUUUAGUAUUUCUAUUGAUAUGAACGUUCAAGACACGAAAAAUGAAGCUAAAAUUCAGUUACAACUCAACUUUUUCGAACAUUACAAUGAAAUACCAUAUUUACUUGAAUAUCCUUUAGAAGACAUCAAUGAAGAAUUUUAUCUAUUUUGGAAUCCCACAACAGGUGUAUGGGUCAGAAAAGAACGAGCUGAUGAGAAUCUGACCCAGUAG